GGAAGCAGGUGAGCUAUAUAUUGUGUUCCAGUAAAGAAAUAUACUCACUUCCACAAGCACCUGAACCGUGCAGAAGGUAUCUCCUAUAUUCGUGGAAAUGAAAGGAAUGAUUCUGCUCACUACGUUCCUGUGCCUUACAGCUGUGCUGCAGGAAUCUUCUGGAGUGGAACUUGUGCCAGGUUAUGAUGCUCUCGCAACUACAAAUGUACAACAGCAAACGUUGAUUGUGAACAAACACAAUACCCUCAGGAGACAAGUGAAGCCCUCUGCUAGCAACAUGCUGAGGAUGGAAUGGAAUGCUGCAGCACAAUCAAAUGCUAAAAGAUGGGCAGAUGCAUGUACUUUAUUGCACAGUCCUACAAGUAAAAGAACAACUACUACAGCCUGUGGUGAAAAUCUCUACAUGUCAACUGCCCCAUGUGGAUGGUCAGAUGUCAUUCAGGCCUGGUAUAAUGAAACAAAAAACUUUAAGUAUGGCAGUGGGCCAAAUAGACCAGGAGCAAUGAUAGGCCAUUAUACUCAGGUGGUUUGGUAUAAAUCUUACCAGAUUGGAUGUGCAGUGGCUUUCUGUCCUCAGAAAAAAUUCAAGUACUAUUACGUUUGCCACUACUGCCCUGCAGGGAACAUUGUAGGCUUAAGUAACAGACCUUACAAAUCAGGACCACCAUGUGGAGACUGCCCUAAAGCUUGUGACCAGGGACUAUGCACCAAUCCUUGCAAGCAUGCAGAUAUGUACUCAAACUGUCCAGAUCUGGUAAAGAAGCAUGGAUGUACUAAAUAUGAUUUGACCAAGAAAAAUUGUGUUGCUUCCUGCCAAUGCACCACUGAAAUCAAAUAACCAGUUUGAUUAAUCUAUUUAAGGAAAUUCAUCUGUAGAUAACACUGUUUUUUACAAAGUUGAAGUCCAUCUGCCAGGCUUUAUGAAUGCAGCCUUUCUGAUUUUCACGGGAUAACUCAUAUUAGUAAAGGCUAAGGAUAGCGGCAGACAAAGUUCUUUGGGUAGAUGUGUUAUCUUUUAUUAGACCAACUAAAUAUUUCAAAAAAAACAUUCUUUGCAAGCUUCUUCAGGUAUAGGGAAGGGCACUUGUGCCUAACAGAUUGCAAAGAACAUUUUUUUUCAACUAUUUAGUUGGUCCAAUUAACAAAUAUCACAUCUACCCAAAGAACCUUGUCUGCUUACAUUCUUAGACCAACAUGGCUACAACCCACAGCCCUACAGCAUAGAGGCCUUCACGUAUAUGUUCAAGCUUGAUUAAAUUGCUUUCUUGAAAAAUUGUAGCAUAUAUUUGUUCCUUGACUGAAAAUUGGCAUGUUGUGCACUAUGCUUGCAUAACAUUUGGUGACUCAGAUAUUUCUUUUCUAUCAAUAUCAACAUUAUCUUCUACCAAAUCCAAAUAGUUUUUAAAAUGCUAUAUAAAGGACUGUCCUACAAAGAUAUAUUUGUCUAGGUCUUGUCCCUCCUAAUAAUCCCAUUGAUUUCAGUAGUUGAGAUACCACCAUCUACAUUCACAUUGAAAAUCAACUGUCUCCUCAAAUAGUCCCAAAUAGAUGUCAUUGGACUAAUUCAAGGUGUAAAGAUCUACUUAGUCGGCGUGUCUGCAUGAGCUGUUUCUUCCAGUUGCCUAAUUAGCUCCACAGUUAAAAUCUCAUUUAUCCACGUGCAGUGCUAUUAGACCACAGGAAACUAAUUAAUUUUGCAGCAAAUAGUACUUGUAAGUACUAGUAAGUACAAAUGCAGGUAUUUACAAGUACUAUCCCACUACAGAGUUCCACUUCCUUGGAGUCUCAGAACAGCAGAGAUUUCCUAUGCCUGAAGAAGGGUGUUUGCACCAAAAGCUUGCUAAGAAUUUUUCUCUAACUACUCAGAUGGUUUAAUAAAAGAUAUAACAUCUACUCAAAUAACCUUGCCUGGCUACAUCCUUUGACCAACACAGCUACAACCAAAAACCCAAUCCCAAUACAGAGUUAUUUACUGUGCAGCAAUGCACAUGUAAACGCUGACCCAGGAGUAAAUUGUUCCCAGUCAGCCCAGCCAGCAGGAGGCCACACUCCUGCCUAUCGCCUAGCCACAUGACUUGUCAGCUGCAGGAGCCUUGUGGUCCAGCCAGUUCCUCCGCUGCCCAACACAGCCACCUGCUGCCCAGGCCUCACCCCCUGUGCCACUGUGCCAGCCUGAGGUUGCCCCCUGGACUCUGGGCCACACUGCCAGCUGGAGCCUGUAGCUGACCCCCUAUCCCCUGGCAACCUGGGGUUGACUUGUGGGUAGCUGUGGUCAAAGCCUGGAGCUGCUGCAGGCAGGGCAGAGCAGGACAGGAGCAGUCUGCAUGUAAACUGCUCCACCCUGCUCGAUUUCUUGCUGUCCUGAGCACAUGUGUAGACACUGUGCCUGGAAGUAAUUUACUGUAGAGCAAUUUGUUCCACCAUUUAUUCAGUUGCGUUACUUGAACAUGUAGAUGUGCCUAGUGGGAAAAAAGUAGCAGAGCUGUUGCUACUAGCACUUUCCAGGAAUAAAUUCCGCCUCCCUUUUGCUUACAUCCAGUGGAUAGCUUAUUCUGCAAAUAGCACCACGUCCUCAGUGACCUAAGGUGUUCCAUUGUAGCACAUUGAAACCAAUGGGUUUAUUCAUGGAUGGGGAUCCUCCUGAUCAUGAGAAAGUGUGACAAUAUCUGGCUUUCGGUAAAAGAAAAAAAACCUGUUAGAGAAGAGGGCUUGAUGAAUCUAUUCAUGUUGGUAACUAAUACUAAAGAAUGUAAGACUCAUGGGACAGGGCCAAAAUCAGGAUUUUUUUUUUUUUUUUUUUAAUGAGAAAUGGUGAGCUAUUAUCUGAAUUACUUUUCAAAUAUUUCCCAUGUCUGUAUUACUGAUUAAACUAUACGUUCAAUGCUA